AUGAGCGCGCACCGAGCCACAAAUUCUACCUCCGUGCGCGAAACCACCGUACGGGAGCUGACUAUACGCAUCUGUCAAGCCGUCGAUACCACCAAGGGGAAGCUCAAAGACGAGGAAGCACGUCCUUUCCUACCGAAAACCGAUCUGAAGGACAUACUGGAUGGAUUGUCUCUUCAACGAUUGAUCACAGAGCUGGUACGGGCAAAUUCUGGAUUUGCUCCCGUAGUAGGCGACGGCGACAGCGUUUCUCCUUCGAACCAGGAUACUACUAUCGAUAAUUAUGUGUACAGGACGAUCGGGACGCCCAAUCAUCCCGAAUGUCCUCCAAGAGUAGCCCUGCUUGCGUUGUUUCUUUAUGCAGAACGCCCACUUUUACUAUCGCAUUUCACGAAAUGGUUGAUCAACCCGUGGCCAGGUUUCCCAUCUGAUGAGAAUAUUCCUUUGGACAAACCUACCUUAAUAGCAAACAGAUUCCCCUCUGACUGUUACCGCUCUAUUUUCGAUUAUCAAAACAUAUUCAGGCCGGUCCUGCUUCGACAGGACGAAAACAAUAAACUCAGAAGCUGGGACCGAUUGCCUUACAUUGGUAGAUGCGAGCUAAUCAAAGAGGGAUCGUCUGGAUCCGUAUACAGAGUCGAGAUAGCACAGGGUCACUGGGAGAUCAAAAGCGGGGGCCAUUACAUUCCUGGAAACCCAGAUAGACCGUUGGUCAUGGCAAUCAAAGAGUUUAGAAAGGUACCGAAUGGGCGUACCAUAGAAGAAGCUACUAAGGACUUUCACGAUGAGCUUGGGAUACUGAAAGAGAUCCAUGGAUCCAGAAUCAAGCACGAGAUGGUUAUGCUGGAUUUGGGAAGCAUCACCAUACGAGACGGAGAGGGCAUACCGGUCAGCCACUCGAUCAUAUUCGAACUUGCUACAUUCAGCCUUGGAGACUUUCUUAAGACAGAAAAAGCAGAAAAACGUAGAAAAACCAGUGUUUUAUUCGCCAAGCUGGCCGAUCUUGUGAAGGCGCUAGAGCAUUUGCACCGUGAUCUAGACCUGCUUCAUCUCGACAUCAAACCCGAUAAUAUUUUGGUUUUUGAGGGGGAGCCCAGCAAUCAGGACAACGAGAAAGAAGAUGAGGAAAAGUUGCUGUGGAAACUCAGUGAUUUUGGGCUCGCGCGCAAGAAGCGUGACAAGGCAAGGGUCGGUCUAGGCGGGCACUACUGGCACUCAAGCUAUCAAGAGUCUCGAUCAUCAAACAUCUCAGCAACAAGACCUGCGGGUGUCUAUCAAGCGCCCGAAGUCCAACAACCAGGAUCUAGUGGAGUGGGAAAACGAAGCGAUGUCUGGUCUAUGGGAUGUGUCACGUUGAUGGUGUUGGCUUUUGCGACCUAUAGCGUCCCUGGAGUGAAAGAGCUCGAGAGCCAGCUAUUCGUCAAGUUCAAACACUGGGGCGGAUCGCAAAGCCUGUUCUAUCACAGAAGUGACUCGUAUUUGUGGGGAGCAGAGUUGCUAUCAGUCAGUUCAGUCAGUCCGGAGCUCUCUGGACUGACUGAACUGACGUCCUGA